AUGGGACAAUUUUACUAUUUCGGCUACGCAAAUGCAAAUGCUUAUGAAAAUAAUUUCUCAUCAAUUUGGAAUGGGACAACAGCGACACUUGUUGAAAGUCAUGGAUCGGUAGCGUAUGGAGCUAUUUGGAAAAUUAACGAAGAUGAAAAAAGUAUUCUUGAUACACAAGAAGGUGUUGACAAUGGUACAUACAAAUCUAUCCGGAAAGAUAUUUUAACUGAUGAUGGCAAAGUUUCAUGUCUUGUCUAUGUUCUGACUCAUAAUCCACUUACAACAUUAUACCCGCAAGUACGUCCUUACGAACGACAACCUUCAAAAACUUACUUAAAUGUUAUUGUUAAUGGUGCAGUUGAGUCGGGCUUACCUGAUGAUUAUGUGACCUUCUUAAAAAGCUUUAAACAUAACGGAAAGGAAUCCACAGAUGUAAACUACAUCGCAAAGCUUAAUGUUCUUAAGAAUUACUUUGAAGAUUAA